UCUACAAAUAUCAGCCGGCACAACAAGUUGAAGAACUUCAUCAAGCUUCAAGACCCCACUAGCUGGAUAGUUUAAUCUUCUAUUAUAUCUAUCUGCUUCAAUAGUUGCAUCACAUCCAUUUUUAUUCUUUCAAUUAUUAAGCAUGAGCAAAGAAAAGUGGUCCCUGUUAGGCCGCCUAAGGGGGGCAGUGAAGAAGAUCAGAUUCUUGUUGAAUUUCAAUGUUAACAGAUGGAAACUUGCUUCAAUCAUCGGUGCUUCACCGGUCAAAAGGCGGUUGAGCUUCAAUGAUCGGCCUGGCUUGAGGGCAUGUAUUGAUCAUGAUUCAGAUUCUAUUGAUUCAGGCUCGGCUAGAGAAAGAUCCCUUCAGAGAACUAUAAGCUGUCCAUCUGAUGAAGACGAUAUUGACAAGAGAGCUGAGAUGUUUAUUGCCAACUUUUACCGGCAGCUUAAGAUAGAAAGACAGAUUUCCCUGGAGCUACGUUAUGCUAGGGCUGACGGCUUUGAUUCAGCAUCUCCAUGAUAAGGAGGUUUAAGGGUUUGAUUCUUUUGCUGCUGAAUGUAUAGAAGAAAGAUUCUUGUUUAUAUGCCCUUCAAUUUGAUGAAAAAGGGGUAUGGAAUUUUGAUUGAUCUUCAUUCUUCAGUGCAGACUGCAGAGCAGUAUUCUGUAAUGGAGGAUAAUGUACAAAGUUUUGGCUGCUUAAAUUGAUCUUGGUUGAUCAAAGUUAAGUUCUUUUUUAAUGGAGUCUUGAGUUUUAGGGAAGGAUCUCCAUUGCAAGUCAAGCAAUUCAUGGAAGUCAUAUGAAGAACACCAUCUUGGUAUCUUAUGGUUUUCUGGCACUAUAUUUUUGGUUUAAUUUUUUUCCGUGUGGAUAUUUUGUACAUUUGAUGUAAGUUUUGAUUCCUUCUUUUAUUUUUUGAAUAAUUGUUCCCUAUCAUUGCAUAAGAAGGCAAAAAAAAAUUGGGUUUGUAAUACACU